CCUCACAGGAGUUGAAAAGUGCAGUCCGUUCGCACAGUGUUUUAAUUCCAUCGGAAGCUAUCGCUGUCAGUGCCUGAGUGGGUUCAGUGGGGAUGGGUUAAACUGCUCUGACAUUGAUGAAUGCCAAACACAAAAUGGAGGUUGUCACCCGUCUGCCACCUGCACUAACACUGCUGGGACGUACCGCUGCACGUGUCCUCAAGGAAUGACGGGCAACAGGACUGAGUGCUGGGAUGUGGAUGAGUGUGCAGACGUUGCAGUUAGCAACUGCAGUGAGAACGGGCAUUGUGUAAACUCAGUGGGAUCUUACAAGUGCCAGUGCAGUGUGGGUUUUAAAGGGGAUGGACAUUCUUGCCAAGACAUCGAUGAGUGUGCCUUCCCUUCAAUCUGUCACAACAGUACAGAGUGUGAAAACAUACCAGGUUCUUACAAAUGCUCUUGCAUUCACGGCUUCUUGAAUGCCAAAGGGAUAUGCAUGGACAUCAUCGGCUGCCAGAAUCAAACAAGCUGCCACGAGCAUGCAGAAUGCAUUGAAAUGAGUGGGUCCUUCUACUGCAGCUGUAAGCCGGGCUUCACGGGGAAUGGGAUCCAUUGCGAUGACCUGGAUGAGUGCGCCAUGGUCAGCUUGCAAUGCCAUAACAGCUCCACCUGUCACAACACUUUGGGGUCUUACCACUGCAAAUGCUUGGGCGGUUAUGAAGGCAAUGGUACAACAUGCUAUGAUAUUAACGAAUGCCUUGGAAACCUAACAUGCCAUGAAAAUAGUACAGAUGAUUGCAAAGAGAACGUAUGUCAAGACAAACAGACAAAAUGUAUCAACACUCCUGGAUCAUUUAGCUGUGUCUGUAAGUCAGGAUUCAGCCAGAAUGGGUCAUUGUGUAAAGAUAUUGACGAGUGCCUCACAGGAGUUGAAAAGUGCAGUCCGUUCGCACAGUGUUUUAAUUCCAUCGGAAGCUAUCGCUGUCAGUGCCUGAGUGGGUUCAGUGGGGAUGGGUUAAACUGCUCUGACAUUGAUGAAUGCCAAACACAAAAUGGAGGUUGUCACCCGUCUGCCACCUGCACUAACACUGCUGGGACGUACCGCUGCACGUGUCCUCAAGGAAUGACGGGCAACAGGACUGAGUGCUGGGAUGUGGAUGAGUGUACAGACGUUGCAGUUAGCAACUGCAGUGAGAACGGGCAUUGUGUAAACUCAGUGGGAUCUUACAAGUGCCAGUGCAGUGUGGGUUUUAAAGGGGAUGGACAUUCUUGCCAAGACAUCGAUGAGUGUGCCUUCCCUUCAAUCUGUCACAACAGUACAGAGUGUGAAAACAUACCAGGUUCUUACAAAUGCUCUUGCAUUCACGGCUUCUUGAAUGCCAAAGGGAUAUGCAUGGACAUCAUCGGCUGCCAGAAUCAAACAAGCUGCCACGAGCAUGCAGAAUGCAUUGAAAUGAGUGGGUCCUUCUACUGCAGCUGUAAGCCGGGCUUCACGGGGAAUGGGAUCCAUUGCGAUGACCUGGAUGAGUGCGCCAUGGUCAGCUUGCAAUGCCAUAACAGCUCCACCUGUCACAACACUUUGGGGUCUUACCACUGCAAAUGCUUGGGCGGUUAUGAAGGCAAUGGUACAACAUGCUAUGAUAUUAACGAAUGCCUUGGAAACCUAACAUGCCAUGAAAAUAGUACAGAUGAUUGCAAAGAGAACGUAUGUCAAGACAAACAGACAAAAUGUAUCAACACUCCUGGAUCAUUUAGCUGUGUCUGUAAGUCAGGAUUCAGCCAGAAUGGGUCAUUGUGUAAAGAUAUUGACGAGUGCCUCACAGGAGUUGAAAAGUGCAGUCCGUUCGCACAGUGUUUUAAUUCCAUCGGAAGCUAUCGCUGUCAGUGCCUGAGUGGGUUCAGUGGGGAUGGGUUAAACUGCUCUGACAUUGAUGAAUGCCAAACACAAAAUGGAGGUUGUCACCCGUCUGCCACCUGCACUAACACUGCUGGGACGUACCGCUGCACGUGUCCUCAAGGAAUGACGGGCAACAGGACUGAGUGCUGGGAUGUGGAUGAGUGUGCAGACGUUGCAGUUAGCAACUGCAGUGAGAACGGGCAGUGUGUAAACUCAGUGGGAUCUUACAAGUGCCAGUGCAGUGUGGGUUUUAAAGGGGAUGGACAUUCUUGCCAAGACAUCGAUGAGUGUGCCUUCCCUUCAAUCUGUCACAACAGUACAGAGUGUGAAAACACACCAGGUUCUUACAAAUGCUCUUGCAUUCACGGCUUCUUGAAUGCCAAAGGGAUAUGCAUGGACAUCAUCGGCUGCCAGAAUCAAACAAGCUGCCACGAGCAUGCAGAAUGCAUUGAAAUGAGUGGGUCCUUCUACUGCAGCUGUAAGCCGGGCUUCACGGGGAAUGGGAUCCAUUGCGAUGACCUGGAUGAGUGCGCCAUGGUCAGCUUGCAAUGCCAUAACAGCUCCACCUGUCACAACACUUUGGGGUCUUACCACUGCAAAUGCUUGGGCGGUUAUGAAGGCAAUGGUACAACAUGCUAUGAUAUUAACGAAUGCCUUGGAAACCUAACAUGCCAUGAAAACAGUACCUGCAUAAACAGUGACGGUUAUUAUGUGUGCCAGUGCAAGGCAGGAUUCACAGGCAAUGGGUCAUUUUGUACAGACCUUGAUGAAUGCCUGGCUUCAGAUGGUGAUUGGCUCUGCGCAAAUGGCUCUUGUUUCAACAUCAUAGGAUCAUUCAAGUGCCAGUGCAAUGAUGGAUUUCAAAGCAAUGGCACAGACUGCAUUGAUAUCGACGAGUGCUUACUGAAUAUAACAAACUGUGAUGUCAAUUCUAACUGCGUUAACACAGGUGGUUCCUUUGAAUGCUCUUGUCUAAGUGGAUUCCAAAGCAAUGGAUAUUUGUGCUCAGACAUCGACGAAUGCUUAAACAAAACUGACUACUGCCACCCGCUUGCCAAAUGCACCAACUUGCCUGGCUCAUAUCACUGUGAAUGCCCGUCAGGCCAUGUUGGGGACGGGCUUGCCUGCACUGAUGUGGAUGAAUGCACUGAAACUAAGAGUAUUUGCCAUAAACAGGCCCUGUGCCUAAACACCCCUGGCUCCUACCACUGUGCCUGUAAGACUGGGUUCGCUUCCACUGGUGUCAUAUGCACUGACAUUGAUGAAUGCCAGCUGGACAGAAGAGUCUGUCAUGCUCAGGCCCUGUGUGUGAACACAGUGGGGAGCUUCUACUGCCAGUGCAACCAGGGCUUCACUGGCAAUGGGAAGACCUGCUUUGAUAUCAAUGAGUGUGAUUCUCCUUCCUCCUGUCAAACCAGGACCAAGUGUACUAAUUCCUUGGGCUCGUACACUUGCACUUCUCCAGCUAACUUGUCUGACUGUGACCCGCUCUCAGCACAUGGGAGUCUUCUUUACCACUAUGGAAAUAAUGUGGGGGACAGGACAGUUCUCCCCACAGGCAGUGAUGUAAACUCCCCCUAUGUUUCACCUCCAAUGGGAAUCCCUUUCCUUGGAUCACUUUGGGAAAGGCUCUAUUUUUCGGAUAAUGGACUGGUUCAGUUUCAGUCCCCUCACACCAAUGAGAAGUACUCUUUUCCAAACCCGCCGGAGAAUGGAUUCCAGGGCGAUGAAGGCACACCGAUGCUGGCUGUCUUUUGGGAAGAUUCUGACCUAACUGCAGGAGAUGGGAAACUCUUCUACCAAGUUUACAACAAACCGGACGCCCAGGACAUCUUUUCCAAAAUAGCAUUCAACAGAACCACAGGAGAGGUGAACAAGUAUUUAGUUGAAAAGGGAGACAGAGCUGUAUUUGUACCGAAAUGGAUUCUGAAGAUUACAUGGGAUCAUGUGCUGCCCAUUUCCUUUCAGUCAAGUAACGCCUCGGAGACAAACACUUUCCAGUGCAUCCUCACCACAGACGGUAACCGCACGUUUGCCCUGUUGAAGUUCUCCGAGAUGCUGUGGGGCCCAGGUCAAAGAGUGAACCACAGAGCACUCAUGGGAUACACAGACGGGGUGGGGACUUUCCACAACGACCCCCACACGCAACAGAACAACUCCUACGGGCCGGGGGGACAGUACCGGCCAGACCAGGCGCUCGGCAACACCGGACUCCGGGGCCAGUGGAUUUAUCAACUGAACAUGCCGAAAGCCAUCGUCAACAAGGAGCCAGACUACCGCAUCAUGUGUCAGCAGUGGUACCUGAACGAGCCUGACGCUUCCUCGUGGACUGCUGGUUUAACCCCCUGCCCCUGCCACAGCUCUCAAGCUGCUGAAGAUGCCAGCUUCACGUUGGAGGUUCUUCCUGCGGAGAUGGCAGCGAGGGUGCAGGCGCUUCGGAGCCUGCAGACUGAGGGGUUCGUCUUCCAGUCCGUGCUGCCCAAUAAGUACAACGCGGGCCGGAGGUGCACCUUCAGUUACCAGGGUUACCUGCUCAAAGGAAGCAGCGAUCGCUUCUUUAUUAACAACCCAGACACCCCCUGGGUUGAGGAGCACAUCAACAAGGAUCUGCUGCCCUUCGACUGGUGCUGCAUUAAAUCGUCCCGUUGCCACAUGUACUACACAAAGCGACCACAAGAAAACUGUGAUCAUUAUACCCCCGGAGGGAUGGGCAUGGUCUAUGGGACCCUGCAUGUGAAGACCUUUGACGGGACUGACUACACUUUUAAAGGACUGGGCGAAUUUGUCCUUCUUAGACUGUCAUCAAGCCAAGGAUCCAACGUCUUCACCCUGCAGGGACAGACAGAGGCUGUAGUGACUGACAGAAGGCAUUCGAAUGUGACAGCUUUUGUACGACUAGCGGCUUUUUAUCAGGGAACAAGCAAAGUAGAGUGGAGACCAUCUGACAGCAGGGAGGAGCUCAGAAUGCUGGUGGAUGAUGAAGCAAUGCAUUUAAAUGCUGGAGCCAGCUAUAUGAAUGAGGACGGGUUUGCCCUGAGCUGCCCCAACCCCAGGCAGUGCAGCCUUGUUUACUACUCAGGCUUGCAGGUGCAGGUGGAGAUGGGCAUCAGUGGAUACCUCACAGCCCUGAUUAAAGCACCACAGUGCUUCUACAACAAGACUGUGGGUCUGCUGGGCAUGUGGAACAGCAACCACACAGACGACUUCCUCUACUCCAAUGGGAAACGCUUAGCUUCUGAAGACGGGAAGCUCCCCUCUGAAGAGGAGCUGCAGGACUUCAGCCUCUCCUGGUCUGUUCCCUCUCCCGAGAGCCUUCUUCACUCAGACCGGCCGAAAGGGACAUUCCGCCCUGUCUUCACUGCAGAGCUGCUGGCUUCAGUGAGCACAGAGUGGCUGAAGGAAGUUAGUGAGGUCUGCAGAGGGAGCGAGCAGUGCAUCCAUGACACUCUAGCCACCAAUAGCACGGCUAUGGGUUUGCAGACCACACAGUACAGCCACAGAUUCCAAAAACUCACUGUCAUAUUUGGAAGCAUGCCACCUGUGCUUACCGGACCUUCAAUUAUCCAGUGUAACUUAAACGCCACAGCCAAGGUAACGUUCAAAGCUCGGGACCCGAACAACGACACCGUCAUCUUCUCACUUGUGUCUCCAGAGCCUGAGGGAGUGCACAUCGGGAGCGCUGAUGGUGUGCUCACCUGGACUCCACGGAGCACGGCUCCGGUGACGUUGACAGUGCAGGUUAAUGAUCAGCUGUCAGGCUCUGUAUUAAGCCCUGUCCUUCAGGUCUGUAACUGUACCAACGGGGGGACCUGCGAUUACACCAGCGUCAUCCACAACCACCACAGAGGAGCGUUUCAGGUUGUAGGCUGCCUUUGUCCAGAAGCCUAUUCUGGAGCAUUCUGCUCUGACCCUGUCAAUGCAUGCAGAGGGAAGCCUUGUUUCCCAGGUGUAGCCUGUGCUAACCAGCCCAGUCCAGCAUUCUUCACAUGCGAUACGUGUCCUACAGGAACAGUGGCCCAAGACAAGAAUGGAUAUAAGUGCUUUAUAAACAAUUUCUGCCUGCCUCCAUUCCCGUUCCCAUGCCAUAAGAUGGCUGAAUGCUUCAGUUCAGGGUAUGAGUACACCUGCAGGUGUAAGGCUGGAUUCUCAGGGGAUGGGCUCAACUGCACAGACAUUAACGAGUGUGAGAACCCAGCUGCAUGCCCAAGUGCAAAAUACGAAUGCAUCAACACCAUUGGAUCAGUGAAGUGUUCCUGCAGGUAUCAGACUGCUCAAGACGCGGACGCCUGUGGGAACUCAGAAAACCCUCCAGGGUGGAAUGUUUUCAACUGCACAUUGAACUGGAAUUUGUUGCGCACUGCUCCAGAACACACCACUGAGCAGCUUCGAGACAUCCUGGCUCUGGGCUUCCAGAACAAGUUCUACAACGCGAGUCUGAAAUCGUUUCCAGGGGGGGGUCCUGCGAUGGAGUACAGGGUCAACGUGUCCAGCGACACGCCACACUGGUAUGUCAGGGACUACCUAUCACGAGUCAGCCAGUUCUACGGCAUCGACCCGGCCACCAUCACAGUGGGAGACCUAAAUGAAUGCGCCACAGGGGAAGCAAAUUGCAGUACAGCAGCGUACUGUGUAAACACUUACGGAGCUUAUAAAUGCAUCUGUAACAGUGGUACUUAUAUGGAGUCCGAGUCCUGUGUCUAUGCUACUGCAACCUUUCCCAGAGACAAUAGCACGGUUACACAGAAAGUGCCCAGGUCUGAGGAUUACACAGAGCUGAUAGUGGCUCUGGUGCUGGGGAUCGGGGUCCCGAUGGUGCUGCUGCUCCUCAUUGCAGGGCUUGUUUGCUUUUGUUGCACGAGGAGGAAGAUAACGAGUGGAGGUAUACCUCCAGUGCACACAGGGGUCAUACUCAUGGAGAAUGCUCCCCCACCUUUUAACUACGCAGACCCUUCCCUGCUCUACAAAGUGCAUUACUUACCUCCAAUGCAAAAUGGAAACCACUAAACUCUGGAACCUGAAACAAAAGAAUAUAUAUAUAUAUAUAUAUAUAUAUCAGAAUGUGUACAUUGAAACUGAAAUCAUUUAAGUAUGUAAUGGUAAAUUGGUUAUGCAGUGUUUAUUAUGGCACAUUGUCAGCUAUUCCUGAUUCCUGGCCAUUGGCAAUGGCAGCUUAAUUAGACUCCGAAAUUUAAAGAAAUUGUAGAGAAAUUAUAAAUAGUACAUCUGAAAUAUAUUUGAUUCUAUUUCAGUUAUAUUGGUAUAUGGUAAUGCCUGUGCCGAUGUCAACUGGGUUUCUCUGAGUUCUGGCAUUCAUCCACUAGGGGGCAGAAUAUUACAGAAAAACAUGAUUUUAUACCACAUUCGACCGUAAAUGUAACC